AUGGAACUGGAAGUUCCUGCCGUUUUCAAGAGCAGAAAAAAGCAAACUGGGGGCGGGAGAACAAAGCUGCUGCUGCCGCCUCCGUGUGAGCCGGGGCCGGUGACCUUCGAGGAGGUGGCUGUGUAUUUCACCAGUGAAGUGGGGGCUCUUCUGGACCCCACUCGGAGAGCCCUCUACUGGGAUGUCAUGCAGGAGAACUAUGAGAAUGUGACCUCGCUGGGGUUUCCAGUUUCCCAACCUGAUGUGAUCUCCCAGCUGGAACAAGGGGAAGGGUGGCUGACGAAUAUGAUCAAAUCCUAA